GCUGGGCCAGGAAGUGGGGAAGGAGAGGUUAGACUGGCUGGGCCAGAAAGUGGGGAAGGAGAGGUUAGACUGGCUGGGCCAGAAAGUGGGGACGGAGAGGUUAGACUGGCUGGGCCAGAAAGUGGGGAAGGAGAGGUUAGACUGGCUGGGCCAGAAAGUGGGGACGGAGAGGUUAGACUGGCUGGGCCAGAAAGUGGGGACGGAGAGGUUAGACUGGCUGGGCCAGAAAGUGGGGAAGGAGAGGUUAGACUGGCUGGGCCAGAAAGU